AUGGAAGCCCUGGUCCGAGACCUCCUAGCAGCCAACCCAACUGUUUCAGAGGAGCAGAUCCGGCAGUUUCUGCAGCAACGCUUCCGCGAGUAUGACACCAGUUUUCGAUCACCAUUGACCGAAACGACAGAGAGCGGUUGGGAGGGACGGAGCGGCUCGCUGCCGGUGGCGGCUCGCUGCCAUUGUGGGAGAUGUAAGAUUCAAUUUCAGGUUGCCAGAGGAGAGAAGCCCAUCAGAUGCCACUGCCCCAGUUGCAGACAUUUCCAUUCCAGUUCCUUCGCGGCAUAUCUUUCGGUGGAGUCACCCGACUGGCGUGCUGCUGGUCUUCAGGUCCACCCAGACUCCUGCAAGGUUUUGGGGCAGGUGAAGCGAUUCAUGUGUGGCCAUUGCUAUACCAAGUUGGGCACAGAAGCGAUCGAUUCGGGCCGCUCUUACUGUUGCUUGGGGUCUGUAGAUGAUGAAUCCAUCCCAGAUAGCCUAGCCUUAGAAUGGCAAAGCUCCUUUGAAGACUGGCACCAGACCUCUGCAGUCCGCUGGUGGCAUGCGCAGCCUUCAGCGCUUUGUGGAGUGUCCCGGCGCACUGGCCUUGUGAAGGGCGCCUGUGCCUGUGGGAGCUGUAGCUUUGAAGCCUUGCUGCUGCCUGGGGAGUUGCAGCACUGCUACUGCAAGUUGUGUCGACGCCUCUCAGGCUCCGUCGCUCAAACCUGGGUCCCGGCCUCCUUGGAGCGCUUCACCUGGCGAAGCUCCGAGCCCUCCACGUUGGCCUUACUGCGCACCACGGGUCACGGGCAGCGGCACUUCUGCCGGAGCUGUGGAAGCUGCUUGACCAUCGUCUACGACUCGCAGCCGGACUGCAUUUGGCCGGCCGCAGGGACCUUGGAAGACACGCAGGUGGUGGAUCAAGCGAUGUGGUAUCGAGUGAUUCACAUUUGUUGCUCGAUGAUGCAAAGGUGGUACAAGCUGCCUGAUGAUCAGCUACCUCGACUGAAAUAUGCUGGGUAG